AUGCCUUCAUCUCGACCAAAUCCCGCCUCUUCAGAUCAAAAAGAUACGGCCACCAAACCAUUCACUAAUGCCAAUGCCAGUUACCAAUCCGAUAAAAUAAUUACUGGAUUGUCCCACGUGAUCAUUAAAUCCACACUAACAGGUGCCUUGUACGGAGCGCUGGUUUCUAUUCCUACAGAGCUUUUACUAAGAUGGAGGUCCCCUUCCUAUAGAUCCUUUGGGACCAGAAUCAGAGUCUUCUAUCACACCAUAAUCCUUACUUAUUCUGCCGCUUUUAUGACUGAGAGUAACGUGAUGAAGUUUGAGGAAAAAGUUAGAGCAGAAGAAGCCAGAAAGAGAGAGGAACUCAUCGAAUGGAGUGUUCAGAAUGGCCUUUACACGGGAGAAGAAGAGGGUUACUCUCCAAAAAGGACUUAA